UGUUAUGAGUGAUAACCAUUAUGUUAUCAUGAAUAUUUCUAAACAAAUUCUAACUUCUGUAAUUGAUGCCUCUAUUAAUUAAGAAUAUGCAUAAUAGCAAUUCCAUUUUGGUGCAAAGUGCCAACAGUUUUCCCUUUAUCGUUCGCAAUAAAACAUCUAUUAUAUAGAUACAUUAAGCAUCUUAAAGGGACAGUGCACCCAAAAAAAAAUGCAAGUUCAUCAUGUUUUUCCAAAACUAUAAACUCACAAGAAGAUAUAUGAAGAUAGUAGGCUCUAGUGACAGAAUGUUCCUUUUUUGGGGGGUGAACUAUUUCUUUAAUGCUUACAAAUGUGUUCAGUGUCACAAUCUGAAUGCAGUUCUUUAGGGAGGAAUCAAAUGUUAUGUGGCUUACAGCAUUAUUAUUGGUUUUCAAUACUAAUGAUGCCUAUAGAAUGCCUAUAAUAAUAAUAAUAAUUCAAGAUGCCACGUCAGUAUCAGUGGAAUGGAAAGUCUGUUCUACAAAACUGAAUAGAUAUAGAGGUAAGUUAACAGGUUGUUUAGGGUUGAGACCCAUUUCUUACAGAUAAUACUAAUACUGUCACUGCAUACAGUAUAUAAAAUUGUCAUCUUGGAAUAGGACAUUGUUUUUAAAACGAAAUAAGCUGGGGAAAAAAUAAAAAUAAAAAAUUGAAUCAGUAACCAAGUCCAUAUAAUCUGCAUUAUGUAUCAAACGAGCGAACUACAAGUCCUACAAUCCUCAGCGAGAUCUGGUAAUGUUUACCCAGCAUUCCGCGCGACUGGGCAAAAUGGCGGCGAAUGCAAGCACAGAAACAGCUGUCUUCGACUGCCCGUCAUGGGCAGGAAAACCUCCACCUGGACUCCAUCUGGACGUGGUCAAAGGAGACAAAUUAAUAGAGAAGCUGAUCAUCGACGAGAAGAAGUUCUAUCUGUUUGGGAGGAACCCUGACCUCUGUGACUUCACCAUAGACCACCAGUCGUGCUCGCGGGUGCAUGCGGCGCUGGUCUACCACAGACACCUCAAGAGAGUGUUCCUCAUCGACCUCAGCAGCACCCAUGGCACAUUUCUGGGCAGAAUCCGGCUCGAGCCGCACAAACCUCAGCAGGUGCCGAUCGACUCGACCAUGUCGUUCGGAGCGUCCACACGCGUCUACACACUGAGAGAGAAACCACAGACGCAGAGCAGCUCCGGCACAGGAGACAGUAAAGGGGUGGAGGACGAGGAACUGAAGGGGCUGCUGGGACUGCCGGAGGAGGAGACCGAGCUCGAGAACCUGACAGAGUUCAACACGGCUCAUAACAAACGCAUCUCUACGCUCACCAUUGAGGAGGGAAACCUGGAAAUCCAGAGACCCAAGAGGAAGAGGAGGAGCUCGCGAGUUUCCUUCAGUGAAGAAGAGGAGAUCAUAAACCCAGAGGACGUGGACCCGUCUGUAGGACGCUUCAGAAACAUGGUGCAGACGGCUGUGGUUCCUAUUAAGAAGAAGAAGCUGGAAGGUCACAGCACGCUGGGAUUAGAGGAGAGCGUGGCGCGCCGGUUACAGAGCUUCCCGCUGAGCGCCGGUCUGUACGGAGACCUGCCGCCCGCCAGCCAGGAGGCCGCAGGACAGGGCGGCUCGUCUGCCAUCACGGGCGGGAUGCCCCUGCCCUUCCCCAACCCGGCCCCGGAGGUGGACCUCUCGCCCACGACGACGCAGCCGCCCGCUGUGCUGAACCCCACUCCCACUCCCGGACCCUACUCCACCGAGACGCUCAACGAGCCGCGCAAGAAAAAGUACGCCAAGGAGGCGUGGCCUGGCAAAAAGCCCACCCCCUCCCUGCUGAUUUAACACGGGACAGACACACUGUGAAAGAUCUGAAGAUUACAUCUUAGAGUUCGUUUGAAGUUAUUGGUUCCAAACUUCAUGUUUGCAACAUUUCUGAUACAUACUUCAAAUUAGUGCUGUCAAACGAUUAAUCGCAUCCAGAAUGAAAGUUUUUGUUUACAUAAUAUAUGUGUGUGUACUGU